CCCUGCUGUGCUCCCUCCUCCCUCCACCCCCCUCCAUAGGGCAGCAUUAGCCAUCUCUGUAUAUCAUUCACAGGAUCUGUUUCUUGCAGCCGUCGCCGCCACCUUGGUCUCCUGUGUGCCCCGGGAUCCUCCAUCCAGCCCUGUCCGGGUGCCUCCUGCAGACAUGUCUGAGCAGAGUGGCAGCAGAUACCAGCAGUUACAGAAUGAAGAGGAACCUGUAGAAAAUCCCCAGGGUGCAGCAGAUGCUCCACCUCCAUACAGCAGCAUUGCUGGAGACAAUGCAGCAUUUAUUGACUACAAAGAUGAGCCUGGUUUCCCCAAGCCACCAUCUUACAACGUGGCAACUUCCUUACCAAGUUACGAUGAAGCUGAGAGGACUAAGGCAGAAGCCACAAUACCUCUAGUUCCUGGACGAGAUGAUGAUUUUGUGGCACGGGAUGAUUUCGAUGAUGCAGAUCAGCUCAGGAUAGGCAACGAUGGGAUUUUUAUGCUCACAUUCUUCAUGGCAUUCCUUUUUAACUGGAUUGGAUUCUUCCUGUCAUUCUGCUUGACCACAUCAGCUGCUGGCAGAUAUGGUGCCAUUUCUGGAUUUGGCCUGUCCCUGAUAAAGUGGAUAUUAAUUGUCCGAUUUUCUACUUACUUUCCUGGAUACUUUGAUGGCCAGUACUGGCUGUGGUGGGUGUUUUUGGUAUUGGGAUUCCUUCUGUUUCUCAGAGGUUUCAUUAAUUAUGCAAAGGUUCGGAAGAUGCCAGACAACUUUUCCUCUCUUCCAAGAACCAGGGUCCUUUUUAUUUAUUAAAGUUGUUUGGUCCCUGCCUUCCUGCCUCUGCAAAUCUCCCUUAAAUGCGGACAGACUGCAUGGACACCCGCAGGAAGAGACUCAAAGUUUCAAACACCGAUGGGAUAAUACCUGCUUCAUUUAGAGAUUAAACAAAAGUCAUAAAGAAGUAGACAAAAAAAAAAAAAAAAAAAAUACAGUUGAAGAAGAAAAUAAGCAUUUCUUUGUUUUUAGGUGUAAAAUUGGAAUAGUACUUGCAGAAAUAUGUUUUAUUAUUAUUCUGGAAUCAUUAGUGGCUACUGUUUAAAUCAAAGCUAUCGCAAUCAAGUUUGUGAAGUACUAAUAAAGCCUUAUAUAUUGUUAGUAAAA